AUGGAGCCCCUGGUACUUGGUCAGCAUGGGGAGCGUGUUCUACAACAUGUGGAGAUGGAGACCAAACUCGUACAAGAGCAUGUGACAACCCAGCCCCGGCUAAUGGAGGAAGCGAAUGUAAUCCAAGUGAUCUUACAGACACACAGUCGUGUAAUGAUGGGGAAUGCCCUGUUAACGGAGGUCUUGGAACCUGGUCUGCAUGGGGAGCGUGUUCUACAACAUGCGGAGAUGGAGACCAAACUCGUACAAGAGCAUGUGACAACCCAGCCCCAGCUAAUGGAGGAAGCGAAUGCAAUCCAAGUGAUCUGACAGAAACACAGUCAUGUAAUGAUGGAGAAUGUCCAGUUAACGGUGGUCCCGGACUCUGGUCAGCAUGGGGAGCAUGUUCUACAACAUGCGGAGAUGGAGACCAAACUCGUACAAGAGCAUGUGACAACCCAGCUCCAGCUAAUGGAGGAAGCGAAUGUAAUCCGAGUGAUCUUACAGAAACACAGUCAUGUAAUGAUGGGGAAUGCCCAGUUAAUGGUGGUCCUGGUACCUGGUCAGCAUGGGGAGCGUGUUCUACAACAUGCGG